GCUAGAGGUGCAGGGCUGUGUUCGUGGACUCUGGGCAGUCAACACGAAUGGAGCUGUGCAGUCUGACUGGGUGAAGGAAGUGACUACUCAUGGGAGUGAAAGAAAGUCCAAAGUCCAAACCUGAGGACCAGAUGAUCUGUCUGAAUAUAAAAGAGACCCUGAGUGUGACUAGCAGCACACACACACACACACACACACGCACACACACAAAACACACACAUACAUACAGAGUCAUGACCCUUCCACCCAUCACAGGCACAGACACAAAUUCAACAAACACUGUUUUUUGCAAAUACUUUUAAGAAAUACUACUACUACUACAUCAUAUUGAAACUCUUAAUGAGCAGAUACACACAAGCAAUACGUGUACACGACAUUCAAGGACAUCUCGAGUCAUGGGGCAGCUCAGCAGACACAUUUGAGACCACUUAAAUUAUUAAGGACUCACUCACACAUCCACACACACACACACACACACACACACACACACACACACACACACACACACACACACACACACACACACACACACACACACACACACACACCACUGGCUGCACUGAUAAAGCUGCUGUUUAUAGCUGCACCAGAGGACCGACUUGCCGUUCCCACAUCCAAACCGCAUUUGGCACGAGGAAGAUGCACUAACUGAGAUCUCAUCACAAAAUUCUUGGUAAUGGACGUGCUCCACAGCUCCGGUUUGAGCAGCACAUACUACCUGCAGACCCACUUCAGCCACAGCCAGGGCUACUUCCUCUCAGUCUCCAAGGCAACGGACCUACGCAACACCUUCUUCCUGUUGUUCCCCAUAUGGUUUUAUGUACGGCAGGCUGACGCCAUCAGACUGGUGUGGGUGGCAGUGGUGGGAGACUGGAUCAACCUGAUGCUGAAAUGGCUUCUGUUUGGAGAGCGUCCCUAUUGGUGGGUUCAGGAGACGGGUUACUAUGGCAACACCUCCCAGCCAAUGAUAGAGCAGUUCCCCAUGACCUGUGAGACUGGGCCAGGAAGUCCGUCGGGUCAUGCCAUGGGGGCUGCAGCGGUCUACUACACCAUGAUGUCAUCACUCUUCACCACAGUGCUGAAGAAAGAAGGACACCAAAUCAGGAAAUGGUGUGUGCGUGUCUCACUGUGGACACUGUUCUGGUGCGUGCAGCUGUGUGUGUGCCUCUCCAGGGUCUUCGUUGCUGCUCACUUCCCACAUCAGGUCAUCACAGGUGUUUUCAUAGGUACGGACAGAGCACAUGGUAUCCUGGUGGCAGAAGCUCUCAGCCGGACCCAGCAGAUCUACAAGGCCGGCCUGUGUUCUUACCUCCUCGCCUCCCUGCUCCUCCUCUCCCUGGCUCUCCUCCUUUACCUGUGCCUCCAGCUGGUAGGCGUCGACCUCCUCUGGAGCGUGGAGAAAGCGCGGUGCUGGUGCCACCGAGCGGAGUGGGUCAGCGUGGACACCAGCCCCUUGGCCAGCUUGUUCAGAAACACUGGGACUCUGUUGGGCCUGGGCCUGGGGCUCCACUCCCCCGUGCAUGCGGUGGUGGGCAGGGGGUCUGAGGGCGCCAUCUACAGAUCCAUCUGUUUGAGCGCAACGCUGGUGCUGCUGCAGUUGUUUGACUCUGCUUUUAGGCCCCCUGUCCACAGCGGAGCUCUCUUCUACCUGCUGUCGUUCUGUAAAAGUGCUACGGUGCCUCUGGCUACGGUGGCUAUCGUUCCCUACUGUGUCACAGCAGCCCUGGGAUACAAAGGGAAGAAGCUGCUUUGAGUCGGGGGGGGGGGCCUUACAUAGCAUGUACUGUUGGCCAGUGGUGGAACGUAACUACAUUUACUCCAGCACUGUACUUAAGUCCAAAUGUUGAGGUACUUGUACUUUACUUGAGUCUUUUCUUUUCAUGCCACUUGCUUUCAAGUGGCACCGACUGCACUAAUGAGUUAGUGAGCUGAACUGUGGUGAGGAUUUUACAGGACAGGAAUAUCAGACCGGAGGGCUUAAGCAAAAGCCAAAAUAAAUCUAACCGCAAACAAGAUCACACACACCAAAGCAACCAUCAUAUAUACACACUCGUACGUUACAGCACCUCACACAAGCACAUUUCAGAGAGAAAUGUUGUACUUUUUACUCCCACUACAUUCAUCUGUUACAGCUUUAGUUACUAGUUACUUUACACAUUAAGAUUUCUGCACACAAAACAUAUGUAGUUUAUCUGAUGUAUUAUUAUGAAUGAAACUAGCCAACAAUAUAACGGCCUACAAGUCCAGCUGAAAUGAUUAGACCAUUAAUUACUAAAAUGGGAACAUUUUUCUGCAUUGAGUACUUUUACUUUUAAUACUUUAAGUACAUUUCCCUGAUGAUACUUACAUACUUUUACUUAAGUAACAUUUUCAACGCAGGGCUUGUACUUGUAACAGAGUAAUUUUACAGUGUGGUAUUAGUACUUUAAAGAUCUGAAUAUUUCUCCCACCACCGCACCUGCCCAUUGCACAUACUAUACUGAAUAUGUUUUUGCCCAUUCUGUACUCAAUCCAUUCAGCCUUUAUUCUUUAUUAUUGUUAAACAGCUAUUUUGUACAUAUUUCUUUCUGCAUUUAUUGUUUAUUUCAAAUAAUAAAUUAUGUUUAUUUACAGUAUACAUGCACCAACCACCAAA